AUGGCGUCACCAGUGUGCUUGUCCUGGAGAGGCUACAUCCUGCCUCAGAAGAAAGUGAUGUUUCAGCAUCCUGAAAAGCCUUUCACUGGGAAGGAAGAUCUGGACUGUGAGCUGACCGGUGACCCCGACUCCAACCCUGAAGCCCACCUGCCCUCCAUUUGCCUCAAGCAGGUGUUCCCCAAGUAUGCCAAGCAGUUCAACUACCUGCGCUUGGUAGACAGGAUGGCUAAUUUGUUUAUCCGAUUCCUGGGAAUCAAGGGGACAAUGAAGUUGGGACCAACUGGCUUUCGGACCUUCAUAAGGAACUGUAAGCUGAGUAGCAGCAGCCUAUCCAUGGCUGCAGUGGACAUCCUCUACAUUGACAUCACAAGAAGGUGGAACUCCAUGACCCAGGACCAGCGGGACUCAGGUACUGAUGGCUGCCUUCAUAUCCUGCGGGGUCCUUGCCUGACAGGCAUAGGGAAGGGUCUGUGUGUCUUCUCUCCUUUCAUAUUAUGGAGGGGAGGAAGGAAGAUGAAUUGAGUAGAAUUUAAGCCCUGAGGCACUAUCUGUUACCAAAGCAAUCAACCCCUCCCCAGAUUCCACUCCCACCAUUAGCUUCCUUCUUUCUUUUAUUUUCUUUUCAUUCUUUUUAUUUAUUUGUUUGUUUGUUUGUUUGUUUGUUUGUUUGUUUGUUUUGCUUAAGGCUUUGACUCCAUCACUACUGGAGAUAGACUGCUGUUCAUUUAUUCAUUUGUGGCCCUGAAUAUAUUUGCUGAGCAUACAGUGGCUAGACCUUGGGUAGACUAGAGAACUUGGCUCUUGCCUGGAAGGAAUGCUGUGGAGUUGAGACAUGUGAAAAAAUGAUGCUAACAUAGAGGGAAUGAGGUGGACUAGGAUGGGGGUGUCCUCCUGGGAACCUCUCGAGGAAGAGCCCAAUGGAUAGACCAGUGACUAGGGUGAAGAUGGAUCCCAGCAGGGGCGGAGGCUUGUCUACACAUGAACACAUGUAAAAGGCCAUUGAGCCCAGGCUACCCCAACUAGCUCCAAUGGAGGAGAGAUCACAGCAGGCAAGGA